AUGUCGAGAAAGAAGAAGAAGAAUGGAAAUCGGGACACAGUACAGGGCGGGCGGCGCGCCGGCGGGCAAAUUAGCAAGUUCAUUAAUAUUGAUUACGCGGCCGAGAAGGGCGCGAGGUGGGCCAUCGCCGGCAGCGGCGGCGGCAGAGGCAGCGGCAGCGGCGGCAACGGCCGGCGGCCAGGUGGGCCGGCAGCCGCUAUCGAUCCACCGGCUGGGCGGCUGGGCGGCGCCGCCCCGCUGACACCUGCCCGGUGCGGAUGGCGGGGUGGCGGGAGCGGCGCGCGGGAGGCGGGGGUGGCGGGAGCGGCGGGGGCGGCCAAGCCGAUUAGCGGCGGCGCGGGCGCGGCGAGUCCUAAUCCUGCGGGCGGCGGCGCGCCAGCUGAGCAAACGGCGCGGGCUCAUUACCUCGCUGUCUUCUUCCGCUGGCCGCGCCGCCGGCGCUGUCUGGGCCGGCAGCCGGAGUGGGAGCGUUUAGUUGACCCCGGUUAG